AUGAAAAACCAUAAAUCUCAACUGCGGUCGAUCGGGGUUAUUCCCUCUACAGAGGGCUCAGUCGAGAUCACAGCUCCUAGUGCGGUCGGCUCAGAGGCCCGUCAGCGUCUUCAGGACGCGCUACAUUCGAGCCUUUUGCAAGCCUGUCCGGCCGACUCGUGGCCUGACAAAUUGUACCUGUCUCAAUGUCCUUAUCCAAUCUUAGUCGACCGAGAGCAUCUCGCGCGUCUGGCAACCCUUAACAAAGUCCUCGUCACGGCUCUCGACGACAUUGUUACCAGAUGGUGGACGGAUUCGAGCGCAAAUUUUCCGGCGCGUAUGCCUCUUCAGCCCGUAGAAGAAAAGCUUCUCCAGUGGUUGAAUGAUAUCCAGCACACCGGCAUUAUCCGCCCGUUUCGGGAGCGCUGCGGAUCCUGGAGACCGGAUUUUCUCAUCGAGGAGCAGAUCCAUCCGAACGAUGAGCAAAUGUUUCGAAUUUGCGAAAUCAAUGCGCGGUUCUGUUGGAAUGGCUUCAUGGUGAACGCGCUGGGGCAGGAUGCACUGAUGGCAACUGGUAUAACAGGGCGCAAGCUGGUGGGGGCCAUUAAUUCGCAAGUUUUCUUCGACGGUUUGCAGCGACUCUACAAUCCGAGUUUGCCCCUUCACGUGCUCAAGGGGGAAGAGCCUGGGAUAGAUAUUCAUCCCCUUGCCCAUUAUGUGAAGACGCAUAUGGGCCAACGGGUCCGCUUUAUUACCCCCGAUGAUCUCCGAUUGAUACCCUGCCAUCGGUCGCCUGGCGGACACAGACUAUGUUGCCUGGUCGAUAGUGAGUCGCCUGUGGGGUGGAAUAGAUUCCGAACCGAAGGUGGAGAACUUCUUGAAGAGAUCCAUCAGGUAGAGCUAGAACUGUAUCAUCACGAGCUUCUAGAUCUCCGCUAUGACACUCUUCAGCAGAUCAGUCUGCGAUGUUUCAACGACAUGCGCACCUUGCUUCUGGUCCACGACAAGCGGAUGCUGGGGAUUGUUUUGGAGGAGCUCGAUUCAUUCGUGACGAGAACGGUGCUGGCAGUCCAAGAAGCCAGCCUGCUCGAGCAGGGGAUUUGCCAGACCAUUCUGCCUGGAUCUGGCCAACUGGCGCAGCUCAUUGAACGGUGCCGUCAGCAGAAUGACCUCAAGAUUGAGUAUCUGCUCAAGCCGGCACGAGGCGGAAAAGGCGACGGAAUUAUUCUCGGAGAGUCCGUCACACCCGAGUCGUGGGUGGCUCGGUUGGAAGAGCUGAUGUCUCCAUCCCUGUCCGUUGGGGGGACCACAUAUGUUAUCCAGAGGAAAGUGCGACAAGCCAAAUAUGAUGUCUUUCUCAAAGAGGCUCAGGGCGUCCAGCGCCUCCCGAUCGUGGGAACAUAUCAUGCCCUCCAUGGGGAUUUCUUGGGCAUUGAUAUUUGGCGAAGCGGUCCCGGGCCAGUGUGUUCGCUUAGCCAGGGCGGUACUUGGAUGUGCUCGGUUAUGGAGGUUGACGUGAGUUGCUAAUAUUCCUCAACAGCGUACUGAAACUCUCAGCACCUAUCGAGCAUAUAUCUGGGCAAGACGUGAUGAAUUGAGCCUCCUAUCGCGACUCAAU